AACUAUAAAAUGGCUAAUGGCUUUAAUUCCUGUACUUUUUAGCUCUUAAAUGAAGGAAUAUUGUGUUAAUUAUUUAUAUAUGUAUUGUUCACCAUUAACCUCUUCCUAACACAGAAAGAAAAAAUGUCAUCCGAACAUUUUGAAACAGCUGAUGAAGAUCCAGAGAAGCGCCGCGUGUUGACAUUUCGAGUCCUCACGUGUUGAUUGCGCCAUUUGCCACUCGUGCCUUUAUUACUCCUUUUAUCACUCCAAUGUUAAAUCCUAGUGAAGACACGGACGCCCAGACGUAUUUCACGCCUGCGGAAUGGAACUGUAUGGUGACUAUAGAGAAGAACAGAGUCACUAAUAUGCUCAGGAACUACAAAUGUCUUCUGGCUCAAGGUAUCGAUACCAAGCCACCAGAUUUCAUUUUGAGAUACAAGAAUCGCAAGAAACAGCAAGUCAAGAUGGAAGAGAUAAACCAAAGCCAGAUGAGUUUUAUGCAAUCACCCGCCGGUAAUGUCAGUGCUAGCUGGGAACUGAGUCUUGGCACAUACUGGCCAGCAGGUAGAGACAGUUUAUCUCCACAUGACACAAGUUCUAUGAAGGAAAACAUGGCAUGGGGAAAUGAAUCAACAAACUGUGAUGAAAACUGUUCAGACUUCUGCCAGUACUGCUAUAUAUUCAAACAUUUGAAAUAUGGUAAGUCUGCAAGCAAUUCUCUAAGCUCUGAGAAUUGUUGUAUGAAUAACAUGAGUAAUGAGGGUGAACUGCCGCCUCUGAAGCUUUCCAACAGCUUGACAUGCAACUGCUAUCUCUGUAAUUGCCAGUUCCCUGUCAAAAGAAAACGUACUCCUUGCAAAAAACAACAACAGACUAUGGACAUUUAUUGCGAGGAGUGUGGGCAGACAUUCGCCAAACUAAAGUACCUCAAGAACCACCUCAAACGUUUCUCCAUCUCUACUGAUAACCGUCCUUACAAGUGUAUGUUCUGCAGCCACUCAUUCGCUCAUGAGAAGAAUCGCAAAUUCCAUGAGCGCAUUCACGGCACUAGCAAAGUGAUUCCAUGCUGCCACUGUGCCCAGAACUUUGCCAACCUCAGCAGUGCCAGGCUUCACAUAGAGAGGAACCAUCGGGAUAAGAUACAUGCUUGUAACGAGUGUGGAAUGAGCUACUCCAACUCCAGUCACCUCAUGCGGCACAAGAGGGAAGUCCGUAAGCAGUACUACCCACACCAGUGCCGUCUCUGUGGCCACCGGUACCUGACUGCCAUCGCUCUAGCCAGGCAUGAAAUCCACCACAGCAGAGAGAAGCCAUACAGGUGCAAAACGUGCCUCAAGACAUUCUCCUCUAAGACACACCUGACCAAGCAUCUGAACGCUCGCACCACUGAGAGGAAGUAUGAGUGUCCAAGCUGUAAGGUUAAGUUUCUGGCCUACAAGAGUCUGAAGAAGCACGAGAGAGUGUUUAAUAGUAACCGGCCCUUCAAGUGUGCUGUGUGUGGCCAUGCAUACAACAGCAAGCCUCGCCUCACCAUCCACAUGAAGGUGCAUUACAGGGAACAGACAUAUAUCGAUGAUGAUGAUGAGAAUUGUGUUGCCUGCUAACUGUAUACAGAGAUGUUCAUGAUGGUAUUUAUCUGGUUUUCAUUUAGUAGUAUUGUUUAGAAGAGAGUUACAUCUAUGGGGGAAGAGAAAUGAGCAACUUGUUAAGUAUAUAGUGUUCAGAUGGGUGUUUUCUGUAGUUUUCAUUAGUAGUAAUUGUUCAGAUGAAUUAUAUCUAAGGGAGAAGAGAACUGAGCAGCUUGUUAACUAUUUAUGAGUGUUCAUGGUGGUAUUUAUUUGAAGAUAUGCCUUUUAUUCACUAGUUUUGCACAGAACAGAUUUGUCUAUGGGGAAGAUUCAGCUUGUUAACUGGUUAGAAGUAUUUCAUUUAGUAGUAUUGCACGUAGAGAUGGGGAAGAGAACUGUGCAUUGUGAUAACUGUUACGAAGUGUUCGUAGUGGUGUUUAUAUGAAGGUAGGCAUUUCAUUUAGUAGUAUUGCAAUCACACUUUAUAGGGUGGAGAGAACCAGUCAGCUUAGUAACUAUAAAGUGGCUAUAUAGUGUUAUUUAUAUGAAGGUAUGCUUUUCAUUUAGUAGUAUUGCAUAGAACAGACUUAAUCUUUCUCCCUCAUCAAGCUUUCCUCUCCCACUAGCUGGUAAGGAAGUCAAGUCAUUUAUGUAGUUGAGUCUUACAGGAUAGUAUUUAUAGGAAAGGUUCAUGCUGUGUUAGUAUUUAUCCUCUUAUAUUGUGUCUUCUAAGCUUAACAAAUAAUACCAUUACUCAAAGUUAUAGGCAAUUUAUAUCAAGGAAAACUCUAGGAUUGAUAAAAAGGAAAAAGUAUUAGAAGUAGGCAAGUCUCUCUGUGAUUAAGAGAAAUUUUAGUGUAAGGUUUAGUAAAUAUUUGAAAUGCAUAGAUUGAAUUCAGUAACAGAUACAAAAUGAGACAGAGCCCCAUAUCUUGUUUUAAUGUUUGCAUAUAUAAGAAUGUAUUUUGCAUAUUAUUUAUUCUCUUAUAUUUUAGAUUAUUUAUUAUUUAUUCCCUUCUAUAGAUCUCUAAUGGAUGUUUAGUGUAUUUGAAUGACCAGUGUGUGUGUGUGUGUGUGUGUGUGUGUGUGUGUGUGUGUGUGUGUGUGUGUGUGUGUGUGUGUUUUAUUUGCACAAAAGAUCAUAGCAGCAAGUUAUUUUUUUUUCCUUUUACUCAUGAAGGAAACUGCUAUGCUUACACAUUUCUUCCACUUUCAUUUAUUAUUAUUACUUCCUGAGACAUUGAUGGUCUUUCCCUAUAUUUUUUUUUCCUGCAGAUUCUCAUAUGCUGAUAAUGUGUAAAGUCUGAUGGUUAAAUGGAAGGUGGAAGGCUAAUGGAACACCUUAUUGCCACUUCAUGUACAGAUCAGUAAUGCAUAUGUAGGACUUGUGAUUUUAAGUCUAAUUUGGUAGUAGUCUCUCUCUCUCUCUCUCUCUCUCUCUCUCUCUCUCUCUCUCUCUCUCUCUCUCUCUCUCUCUCUCUCUCUCUCUCUCUCAGUAUUCUUGUAGAGCACUACGUGAAUAAUGUCAUGUAGUGCCUAUCAACAAAGUGACAGUGACAACAUAUUUUAUUACUUUUGUUACUCAUUGAUACAAUAUAUUUAGAAAACCUUAAUGUUCCUGAUUUCCCUCGUAUUCAGGU